AUGAUGUGGAGACUCCGCCAGGUUCUUCUGCUACUGCUGUCCUUCUCCUUAGCCCUUACAGAUCCCUUGCGGAGUGAGACUGAUGAGGAGCACGAAGCCAAGCCCGACCCCAGAUCCUACAUGGCUUACUUGUCGACUAGCGAUGGCCCUUCCUGUAUCGGAUUCCUGGUGGCGCCCCAGUGGGUAAUGACGUCUGCGCUCUGCGAUGCCACCUAUAGUGUCAUCCGCUUUAAUAAAACCUCUAGUGAAGUGUUUCGUGUUGAGGCUAACUACCCACACCCUGACUAUGACAAAUACGACAACUCAAACGAUAUCCGUCUGCUCAAGCUGAAUUCCAAGGGUUCUUUGACUGAAUACGUCAACACCCUGCGCUUGCCCAUAUUCGACCGUGAGCUCUCCGAUGGGACUCCCUGCAGCGUGGAAGGCUUGGGUCGGGUUUACGAAGAUGUCAUUGUCUAUGGCCAUAGUCAGUGCAAGAAGUUCUAUCCCCAUAUCAAUUAUGGGAAGCUCUGUGCUAGGAGAAAGGACAAGUCUAGGACCUUCUAUGAGGCGGACUCGGGUGGCCCCUUGGUGUGCAAUGGUGUGGCAGAAGGAAUCAACUUGUAUCCCUAUCCCGGCUGUCCUGGAGUUUACACCCGCAUUGCCCAUUACCUUCCAUGGAUCAAGAGAACCAUGAGACUGUGA